AUGGUGGAUGGGAAACCAAUUAGCAUGGCACUUUGGGAUACAGCUGGACAAGAAGAUUAUGAUAGAUUAAGGCCACUUUCAUAUCCACAAACUGAUGUUUUCCUGAUUUGUUUCUCACUGGUUAGUCCAUCUUCAUUAGAUAAUGUAAAAAACAAGUGGGUUCCAGAGAUUAUUCAUCACUCCCCAAACGUUCCAUUUUUACUAGUGGGCACUAAGUUUGAUCUUCGUGAUGAUAAAGCCACGAUAUUAAAAUUACGUCAAAAAAAUCAAGCUCCAAUUUCUUUUGCAGAAGGACUUCAAAUGGCAAAAGACAUUGGUGCAGCAAAAUAUGUAGAAUGUUCGGCACUGACACAAAUGGGUUGUGUUGGCCCCUUUGCUGUUGGUAAAACUUGUUUAUUAAUUAGUUAUGCAACAAAUGCAUUUCCGGGUGAAUAUAUUCCAACUGUUUUUGAUAAUUACUCAGCUAAUAUCACAGUUGAUGGAAGGCCAAUAAAUCUUGCACUUUGGGAUACAGCCGGACAAGAAGAUUACGAUAGAUUAAGGCCGCUUUCAUAUCCACAAACUGAUGUCUUCCUGAUUUGUUUUUCAAUAGUUAGUCAAUCAUCCUUUGAAAAUGUUAGAACCAAGUGGUAUCCGGAAAUAUCUCACCAUUGUCCUGGAGUACCAAUAAUUUUAGUUGGUUUGCAAUUAGCAAAAGAUAUAGAUGCAGUGAGAUACAUGGAAUGUAGCGCUUUAACUCAAAAAGGACUAAAAACUAUUUUUGAUGAAGCAAUACAGGCAAUCUUAAGACCUCCACCUGUUAAAAAGAAAAAGUCAAAAUGUAUUAUUACUUAA